AUGAAAGGAGUGGCUUGCACGGGAUUCGGUGGAAUGGGUGGCAGUAUGGCGUUGGUCCUAACCGUUCCGUCGACACCCGAUUUUGAGGAGUCGGAGACAAAUGGGCUGUCGCCAGAUGGGCUGUCGCCAGAGUGGAAGAUAACAACACUGAAGGAGUCCUCGGGGGAUCGUCAUGACGACAUUGAUACGGAUCGUUUCCCUGAACCAACUGCCAGUUUUUAUCGAAGACCAUGGUUCCUAAUUGCUGUCGGAUCGAUGGGUGUGACGACGUUAGGAGUUUUGGGUUGGCUGUGUUUCCGCCAUUCGGGUGACAGUUCCGAUAGCCAAGUGUUGUCGGAGGAGACCGCGGUGUCGAGCUACAGUCCCUGUGACGCCACGGUCUUUGGCGCUUCGGAUGUUUUAAGGUACGAACAUGCUUUGUCUUGUGAUUGUGAAGUUGAGUCUAAGUCCGACUGGAUCAUGAGGUGCAAACCGGAUCCGCGACCCCGCGGCUUGCCUAGGAUUGAGGACAAGAACCCUUUAUUAUCUCCACAUGAGUUGGCCACACUCAGAGUACCCUCUGAGUUUAGCAUUAUGAGUUACUAUAAUAAGGGUAUGAAAGUACCCUUUGAGAAAGCAGAGGCGAAUGGUUGGCAGAAGCUGGGAUGGCGGAACUGUGGACGUUCGGGUGGCAAGAUCUAUUGCUCUGAUGGUGAGGACUUCUUUGGUCACUACUUUGGUGUUCCCUUUAAAUUCGAUUUUGUUGCCGUCUGGGAGGCGAUCGCCCAAUACCUGAAGCCUACCACGUGCUCGUUCCAGUGCCACGAUGAGGAUCAACUAUCGCGCCUGAGAGGGAUCCGUCGCGGAAUAGCCGCUGGAAAGUGGGCUGGUAUUGACGUGCAUCGCGCCACUGAAGAUAAGCUAUAUGAUCUAGGCACCCAAGCUUUCAAUCUUACUGAAAAAGCCUUCUCAUGGUUAUCCGGAGACUGCUUUGAAUCAGACAUGAUAUACUACGCCAACUUUAAAGCCAGACGACAUCACGCCGAGGUCACCGACUAUCUGGACUUCACAGGUGCAUUACGCAAGUUUUACGAGGUUCCAAUCAAAACGAGACAUUUCAGGACACCACAAUACGACGGUGAAUGUUGGUAUUUCCCGGACUCAAAUGCUGCAAAACUGGCGCUUCGACUAUUUUGGGAGAAUAGCGCUCGAAUUGCGGUGCAGCGUACGUAA